UGACUGUACACCACUGUACGCUGGACGCUGCAUCACAAUUAUGUAACCUCGGUGUUGGGGUGCACUCAUUUCAGUGAUUUGUAGGAGGAGAAGCCAUAAAACAUCUCACGCACGAGUGGAAACCUGCGGUGGAGACGAAAAACGACGAUCCUUUGAUUUAAAGAAAAAAAAAUCCAAUCAGAAUGAUGCAGACACCGGGAUCCGGCAAGAGAUGCGGAUAAUAAUUUGCCACAGAUUCCUCUGCAUAGUGGAGGCACUAUCACAGACCACGUGAGAGGAAUAUUCAGUGACGGUCCCCGACAGACCGGCUCAUCUCCACUGGCAGUCCUCUGCUGCUGACAUGGACUCUUGGACACUGUGCGCUCUGAGCUUCCCAGAAACGGAGCAGGAGGGAGGACGACACUCUGUCUGAAUGUAACCUUUGAUCUCUUUUUUUUGGCCGUUUUAUCUUCUUUUUCUGUUCUUUUUUUGUUUUUCUUCUUCUCCUUCUCUCUAAGUCAGAACACUUGGGUGAGUAUGGCUUGGCCGUGCAUCAGCAGAGUGUGCUGCCUGGCUCGCUUCUGGAACCAGUUCGACAAAUCGGACCUGUCCGUCCCGCUCACCAUCCAGAACUACUCGGACAUCGCCGAGCAGGAGGUGCGGUCCGUCACCAAACAGGUCUCCGCGUCGGAGCGCGCACCCGGGAAUAACUACUCAACCCCGGAGCCCCGCGCCAAUAAAGGCUCUCCUCAGGCGCCCGGUGAUGGAGCGGGCACCAGAGGAUCGUUCAGGGCGCGGAAGGAACCCAGCUACAAGCCCCGGGAGGACUACCAGCCGCCCGGAGUGCCUUUCCCCAGCGUUACGCAGUACAAGCAGGAUUUCAAACCCUGGCCCAUUCCGAGGAAGGAGAAUUUCCCGUGGAUUAGUAACGGAGGCAGCAGGGCGGACAGUGUUUCGGACAGUCCGGUGAACAGUUACCACGUCCAGGAGAGAGAGGAGCGGGGCAGGGGGCAGAGGUGGGGGGAGCAGCAGGUGAUGGAGGAGAGCAAAACCAGCUCCUACAGGCAAGAGUACAGGCCGUGGACGGGGGUGAGACCGGCUAAAAGUGCGAGGAAAAACCCUCCAGCUCAGUACUCCAGCCCAGGGACAGAAGCCACCCACAUCCCCCGUGAGACCAGCUACCAGGCCGCCUACAGCGGGGAGGUCAGCAGGUCCAUAGGUCCGCAUCAGGGCGAGCACAUCAUCCCAUCUGCUGCCUCCAACGUACAACCUGCCCCGGUGCCCCACCCCGCCUCAGCUUCACCCUGCCCCUCCAGCCUCCAGCAGAGCAUCCUGCCCGAGAGGACCGAGCUCAGUGGAACCGCCAAGGGAGAGGAACAUCUAGUGAGGACCAAACUCCCUCCAAACCCUUCUGCUGUCUUUCAAAGCGGAUCGAGGGUCUUCAACAUCUGACAGCCGCUGCGAUUUUCCAACCAUUCCACUUUGACCGGUUUCAAUUUUAAGGAAUCACCAGGGGAACGUUUUCAGUCCAUUCCACAACACAAGAAUCUAUGCAAGGGAAUGUAUUGUUGUGAAGCCUGUGGUGUCCCAAAGUGGAGACACAUAGAUGCCCUUUUACACUCCUUCCUGCCCCCCGUUACCAUGGAAAUGAAUAUGCAUGUAACAGAAUAGUUUUGAAACACAAGCUCUUUUUUUUGGUCGUUUUUGCGGUUAUAGACGCACAAGAAACUGGCUGCUCUCUCUCUCUCUCUGUGUGUGUGUGUGUGUGUGUGUGUGUGUGUGUGUGUGUGUGUGUGUGUGUGUGUGUGUGUGUGUGUGUGUGUGUGUGUGUGUGUGUGUGUGAGCCUGCUGAUUUGUCCCUUUUAUUGUACAUAGCGUUGAGUCCGCACCGAUAACGAAUGACACAGUUUGUCAUCGAGUGUGUAUGCUUACUAUGUUGCCCUUCGGUGUUGCUAGAAAUCUGCUCGAAAAUAAGUUAUUUCCUCAGUAUUCACUUCAUUUACUAUUUUGGGAGAGUAUUGUUCAGUCUCAUUUUGUAAAUCUGUUGUUAAAGAAAAGGCGCAAAUACACAAUGUAAGUGAAAUUACAAUAAAAGAUUAUUAGCUAGGUUCUUAGCAUUUUCUCUCCGA